AUGUGCCAAGGUACAAUUGACACACCUUUGCUUUGUGGAUGAUCUUAUAAUCUUUACUGAUGGUAGCUUAUCCUCUGUGGCUGCCCUUGACUGUGUUCUUAAGGAAUUUUAUGUUGUCUCUGGCCUUUAAGUGAAUUAUUCCAAGUAAGAAAUUUUAACUUAUGGUCUUUCUCCUUUUGCUGUUCAAAAUCUCACUGCUACCUAUGGAUUCAAGGAUGGAAGUUUACCUAUUAGGGAUUUCAAAUUUUUGGUGCUCUACUUUCAUCUUGCCAAAGAGGGUUAUCAAAGAGGUGGAGAAAUUAUGUAGUUCUUUCCUUUGGAAUGGAUCCGCUAAUAAUGCAAAGGAAGCAAAGGUAAAUUGGCCUUCUGUUUGUUAUCCGAAACAAGAAGGUGGGCUGGGAUCAAAAGUUUGGUUCAAUGGAAUAAGGCCUACAUUUUGUGUUUCAUUUGGAUGCUAUUUACCAAAGUAGGUUUUAUAUGGGUUGCUUGGGUUCAUGCUUACUUUUUAAAAGGCAAAAGCUUUUGGUCAAUAAAAAUCCCAAAUGAUGCAUCUUGGGGGUGGAGAAAAUUGCUUAAACUCAAACCACAAGCCAAGAAACUUAUGCUGCAUUCACUUGGUGAUGGGGAGGAUACCUUUUUUUGGUUAGAUCAUUGGCACCCUUCAGGUCCCUUAAUAGAUGUCUAUGGUGAUA